GUAACAACCAUAGACAUAAUAUAAGGGUAGACGCCGCAUUGGCCGCUCCGGCGCAGGAAAUACGGCGGCCAUCUUAGAGCGGUAUACCCUCGUACUUUGCUGAACCAAAACAACAGAAGAUGCCUCAGUUCUGCUCGGCUUAUUCGUGUUUAAAUCUACGAACUGUUGAUGUCAGGGACCGGGGGAUAACUUUUCACAAGUUUCCAAAAGAUAAAGAGAGGAGGAAGAGGUGGGAAAUAGCUUUGAGGAGGGAUGGAUUCACUGCAAGUGAUUCAUCUGUACUAUGCAGUGAGCAUUUCAAAACGGAGGAUUUUGACAAAACAGGUCAGAUUGUCAGACUGAGAGCUGAUGUGAUACCAUCAAUUUUCAGCUUCCCAGUUCACCUUCAAAGAGUUGAAAACUACAGAACUACAAUAACCUCCACAAAAGCCCAAAGUAGUGAGUAUGUGGCCUCUCAAGAUGACCCAGAAACUUGUAGUUCAGACCUGCAACCUCAGUCUAAUGAUGAUCAUUGCUAUGCUUUGCCAGCUUCUCUUACCGCUGUCACUGCAAAACAUAAGAUAGCGUUGGCAAGAGUGGAAUAUCUGGAGCGGGACAAGAAAAACACCAUGGCCAGAGAGAAGAGGGCAAAGACCACAGCAAAGUCACUUUUGGGGGAAUUGAGUGAAAAAAAUCUCAUUACUGAAGAACUCAAAGAACGGCUUGAAUUCUACUCUGAUCUACAACUAGAGUUUAUGGAGAAAAAGGGCCAUGAAUACUCCAACGAAUAUAGAGAGUUUGCCCUCACACUUCAUCUCCAUGGCCCAAAGGCAUACAAAUACCUUAGAGAGAAGCGAAGAUUUCCCCUCCCACAUCCGCACACAUUACAAAGGUAGCCUUAAUAUUCCCCAAAUUACAUACCGCUGCUCCAAGUGCAGCGGUAUGUCCUCACAUACAGGUUCAGCCAAGAUCACUUGGAGCUCCUGUUUAAUUCCAUCAGAGCGUCAGGUGGCUGGAAUAACAACCCAUCAGCAUGCCAGUUCCAGGCCAUCUUCCGCCGGCUGAUGGUUCGGUGUGGGGUUACACCCAGUGAGACUGGCAAUGUGGCAGCACAAGACAACACCGUGUCCCUGUCUGCUGUUGAAAUGUCCUCUCCUGAAUCUAAUGAAGAGCAUCCCUGUCCUUUUGCUAGGAUUUCAGCCAUUCUGGACGACCACAGCUAUCUUCCGACCAAGUUUGGUGGUCUGGUAGAAAAUGCCUUGGUUUACAUAUCUGGAUUUGUUGUGAGGCAGAUUCUGCGUAAACUAACCUGUGACCCAUGUCGAGUCAGUUUGAUUCAAGAUGCCACACCGUCUUCAUUUGAUGAGAAUUACCAUCUUCUGACUUUGAAAAAUAAUGGCGGGUUAGUGAUUCCCUCACAAGGCGUAGUGAAGGUGGUGAGAGCUGCAGAGAGGGUGAUUCGUGGUGCUUCACCAAACCAUCCUCCUAAGCUGUCCGCCGUCACAUACAUAGUCCGUGAAGACAUUGGAACAGAAGAUGUUUUCCAGCUUGGGGAACACACUCAGGAGACACAAUUUGGCAUUGACAAUCACCAUUCUGACUUGCUGUCAUUGGUUGUGUCUGUGUUUCUGAAGAUAAGGAUGCACCACAUUGCAAAAGUCACAUGUCUUGGUUUGCAGAAAGGCAACACCAGAAAAAAGCUCUGCAAAACUGUCCUAUUUCAAGGCUAUUAGAUUGUGUAAAAAUGUAAUGAAUAUGUAAAUACUGUCACAACAGAUAAGUAUGCAUGUGUGUAUAUAUGAGAUUAUCGGAAUAUAUACAUAAUGUGUGUGAAUAAAUUGCAUCUUUGGUUGUAUCUUGCAAAACAUGUCAUACUUUAAAACAUUGUAUUCCACCAAAAUUAUUUAAAUAUGCUAAACUAUACGUUCCUAUACAUGCAAUUUUAAUAGCUGUAUGCCUAAAAUUUAAUUAUGUGACAAUGUGAUUACUGUUCAGCGUGUUAUGAUCUAUUAAAUGCGCUGAUCCUU